CCCUUUUUGUCCUCACCACCUUCUUCUCGACCCUUCUCUGAAUCUCCACGGUAGCAGCCGCCCUCCCUGGGUCUGUGCAUUGCUUUGUGGCGCUGUGCCUCAGUGACCCCCUCAUCUCACUUUCCCCUCCCGGCUCAGCGCCUGGGGGCCUGGCCCUGGGGAAGGAAGGAUGGUUCCCGAGGUAAGGGUCCUCUCCUCCUUGCUGGGACUCGCGCUGCUCUGGUUCCCCUUGGACUCCCACGCACGAGCCCGCCCAGACAUGUUCUGCCUUUUCCACGGGAAGAGGUAUUCCCCCGGCGAGAGCUGGCACCCCUACCUGGAGCCCCAGGGCCUGAUGUACUGCCUGCGCUGUACUUGCUCCGAGAAUGCCCAUGUGAGCUGUUACCGCCUCCACUGCCCGCCUGUCCACUGCCCCCAGCCUGUGACCGAGCCACAGCAGUGCUGUCCCCGGUGUAUGGAACCUCACACCCCCUCUGGGCUCCGGGCCCCGCCAAGGUCCUGCCAGCACAACGGGACCACAUACCAACAUGGAGAGAUCUUCAGUGCCCACGAGCUGCUCCCUUCCCGCCUGCCCAACCAGUGUGUCCUCUGCAGCUGUACUGAGGGCCAGAUCUACUGUGGCCUCAUGACCUGCCCAGAACCGGGCUGCCCUGCACCCCUCCUGCUGCCCGCCUCCUGCUGCCAGGCCUGCAAAGAUGGGUCAAGUGAGAAGUCAGCUGAAGAGGAUGCCACGCAGUCACACCGUGGGGUGAGACAUUCCCAGGAUCCGUGUUCAGGGGACGGUGGGAGAAAGAGAGACCUGAGCACCCCAAGCCCCACUGGCCCCAGUGCCCCCCUGGGCUUCCUCCCUCACCAGUUCCGACCGAAGGAGGCAGGCAGCACGACAGUCAAGAUUGUUCUGAAGGAGAAACAUAAGAAAGCCUGUGUGCAUGGCGGGAAGACGUACUCCCAUGGGGAGGUGUGGCACCCAGCCUUCCGCUCCUUUGGACCCCUGCCCUGCAUCCUGUGCACCUGUCAGGACGGCCGCCAGGACUGCCAGCGGGUGACCUGCCCCACUGAGUACCCCUGCCGUCAGCCCAAGAAAGUGGCUGGGAAGUGCUGCAAGAUUUGUCCAGAGGACAAGGCAGACCCUGGCCACAGUGAGAUCAGUGCCACCAAGUGUCCGAAGGCGCCGGUCCGGGUCCUUGUCCACACGUCAGUAUCCCCAAGCCCGGACAACCUGCGUCGCCUGGCCCUCGAGCGUGAGGCUUCUGAACAGGUGGAGAUCUACCUCUGGAAGCUGGUAAAAGGAAUCUUCCACUUGAUUCAGAUCAAGAAAGUCAGGAAGCAAGACUUCCAGAAAGAGGCACAGAACUUCCGGUUGCUCACUGGCACCCACAAAGGUCACUGGAACGUCUUCCUAGCCCAGACCCCGGAGCUGAAGGUCACGGCCAGCCCAGACAAAGUGACCAAGACCUUGUAACAAAGACCUGAACAGCUGCAGAUGUGAGCUUUAUUAUUUUUGUUGUUAUAUAUUAAUAAAUAAGAAGUUGCAUUACCCCUCAA